GAAACGGAACAAAGUAACUUUUGGGUUUUAAUUGUCAAGCAGUUUGAUUUUGAAUAUACAUUUAAAUUUUCCCGACUUCUGAACUCUUUAAAAUUUUGGACCAACAUGAACAGAUUAGGCUCUAUUGUUUUUUCAAAAGCCACUACGCGUUUGUGCUCAAAGAAAUGCGAUCCAUCCAAAGACAAAGCAUCCAAAAGUGAUAAAUCCAAGGGCAAGGGCGACAAAAAAGAUCACUGUGGAAGAAGUACAGUCCCCACUAAGCCGAAGUGCAAUAAAUACCCCGGUGCCAAGUCAACUACAUCUGGUGGCAAGUCAUCUGAGAAAUGUGAAAAGAACAAGAAAUGAAGAGCUAUCAACCAAAUCAAGUGUAAUACAAGCACUCCCAUAAAGUUAGUGGUCUUGCUAAAUAUAAAUUAGUAGUUGGAGUAUCUUAAA